GUUCAUUCAGUGAGCACCGCACAGUCGAACGAACCGCUCGCGUCAUUUAUUACAUAAUUUUAUUUGUAUUUAUACGCAGCUGUCAACCGAGUUUGAAUAUCCCCAAACAUGGGUAAAGUAGCGACAGCAGAUGCGCUGCGUUUUAUGACGGAGUGUCUGAAAGCGGUAGGGACAGCAGCAAAGGCGGCGGAACAACAAGCGGAGCUACUGCUGCAGGCAGACCGUCUUGGACAUCCUAGCCAUGGCAUGAACAGACUUGAAUUCUACAUCAACGAUAUUCUGAGCGGUGCCUGCAUGCCCAAUAACCAGCCAAAGUUAUUGAAAGAGAAGGCUUCCACGGCCCUGGUAGACGCCGACAACACUCUUGGUGCGGUCGCCAGCCAUUUUGCGAUGGACAUUGCCAUCAAGAAGGCUAAGGAGACUGGAGUUGGAUGGGUCACUGUUAAAGGGUCAAACCACAAUGGCAUGGCAGGGUUUUGGGCCAAAAAGGCAUCAGAUAAAGGACUCAUCGGUAUGGCUUUCACCAAUACCUCCCCAUUACUCGCACCGACUAGAAGUAAAAAGGCAGCAUUAGGAACAAAUCCGCUUUCAGUCGUUGCUCCAGGAUCUAACGGGGAGACCCUAUACGUCGAUAUGGCCACAACUGCAGUUGCUGUUGGAAAGAUUGAAAUUCAGCGACGGAAAGGUGAACCCAUACCAAGCGGCUGGGCGCAAGGCCCAGAUGGCAAGGAAACUACUGACGCUAACUUGGCGUUCGACACCGGCUGUUUGAUGCCUCUAGGAGGGCAGGAACAUACUUCUGGUUAUAAAGGAUAUGGUCUGGCAGCUAUAGUGGAGCUAUUUUGUGGAAUCAGCUCAGGAUCUAAAUACGGGCACCACAUCCGCUCAUGGUCCCACAGCGGCGACGGCGGCCACGCUAAUCUUGGACAUUGCUUCGUGGCCGUGGACCCAGAAUGCUUCGCGCCAGGCUUCGGAGACCGCCUCGCUGAGAGCAUGGAUCACUGGAGGCAUUUGGAACCGACGGACCCCAACCUGCCAGUGCUAGCACCAGGAGACAAGGAACGCGCAGCAGCUAAGGUGUGCGACGAAAGUGGAACCGUGUCUUAUUUGCAGCAGCAGCUGGCAACCAGUGAAGCCCUGGCUAAGAAGCUCAAGGUCACGCCUAUGAAAGUGCUUUAACGAUACUCGUGAUGGGAGGCGAACUUCGACCUUUGAAAAUUGUCUGUUUGCCUCUCUGUCACUCAAAUAUGCAAGAACGAUAGGGGCUGAUGUAAACUUUCUUCGAAUUUCGGUUUUCACGGUCGGCAAAAGAGCUGUGGUAAUCGACCUUUUUCUCGUGCAAUACUUGCUUAUCACUGAUCAAUCUACACUAUAAAAGAAGAUUUAGAUAUAUUUUAUUAAAUAAUAAGGUAAUUCUAAUUAUGUAAAAUACUUGCUGUAUUUUAAAGCAUUCUACAUUUAAUUGGACCAAUAAAACUAUACCUACUGA